GUGUUGCUAUCUAAGUUCCCUGUCAGUCGGAAGGGGGCCAGGCCAUACAGUCGUCUCUUCAACACUCGGCGGACUCAUGUUAAAUCCAUAGCUGAUAUGGAUUUCGACGCUUUGUUUAACGAGAAGACAUUUCAGUUCUCGGACUUCCAGGAGUUUACGUUUCUCCCUGGACACCAGAAGUUGACUGAACGAGUGAGGAAGCGACUGUAUUAUGGCCUGGAUAAAGAUGUUUCCUUAGAUGCUCUCUCCUGCCCUGUUACAGAUAUCGCCGUUGAAAUCUUCCAGAAGUCUGCCCCGAGCCCAAUACGAAAGCUUCAGAAGAAGUAUGCAGCUCAUGUUUCCAGGGAGGCGUGCAUCUCUCCAUGUGCCAUGAUGCUGGCUCUAGUUUACAUAGAAAGGCUCCGACAUAGAAACCCUGAAUACCUCCAAAAGAUCUCCUCUUCCGACCUCUUCCUCAUCUCCAUGAUGGUUGCCAGCAAGUACCUGUACGACGAAGGAGAGGAGGAGGAGGUUUUCAACGACGAGUGGGGCGCAGCUGGGAAGUUGGACGUCAAAACUGUCAAUAACCUGGAGAUGAACUUCUUGAAUGCCAUUGAGUGGAGCCUCUACACAGAGCCAAAUGACUUGUUUGAUAUACUAAGUCAACUAGAAACCAGCAUUGCGGAGCGGCAGGGGAUGAAGCGUGGCUGGUUCACCUACACAGACCUCUGUGUGCUACUGGAGCACUCAGCGUGGAGUCAAGCCCUCGCAGCCAUCUACCAGCACUUUACCAAGGUAUCCUGUAUGCUCGGCCUCGUCUAUCUCACCAGUGUGGCCGGCCUCAUUGCCACCAGCGCUGUGCUGCACCAGCUCAGCCUCUCCAGAAGUGGCCAGUCCCUGCUUCCACCUCCACCUGAGAUUAGCCCAGCCCAUCUUCAGACCUCCAACCUCAACACGGAACCUCCUCCUGCAGCCCCGCGCCCCCCCUGUUGUGUUCUGGCCAACAAGAGCGUGAACCGUCAGACCAGCGCGCUUGGAACGGACCAGGAUCACGGACAGAGCUCCCCGUCGGCCCUGUCGCAGUCAUCGAUAUUGUGUCUCUGGGGUUCCCUCCUCGCCUCCAUGGGUCAUAUACACCCUGAGACAGAUUCUGAUAUGGAAGCUCCACACAUCUGGUCUCCUGUGUCCUUCAUCUGUCCCGGCUGUCUUGCAACCCUCCCUCCUCUUCAGUGCGGGCUUAGGAACACCUCAACACUCUCCACCUACGGUCCCCUUGAUAACCACCAGCAUCAUGCACCAUGGCUGCCCUCCAGCCUCCUUGGAGGGGCGGAGCCAAGCCUGAACUCACGCCUGGGGGUGUUCCCCCCCGUACAGCUGGGACCCUGCCAUCCAGAGUCGAUGCUGCCUGUAGACAAAGCUCAAGCUCUGCUCAUGCCUGGUUAGUCACCGGCAAACUGCUGUCCACCUGUCGUGAUGGACUCUGGAAAUAAAACCAGCAUUAUAUUCAUGACUCAUCCACCACUGUUCAAGUCAUGUUUUUGUUUACUUUUCCAGAUCUAGCACACAGGUGCAGACGUGAGUAGUUGGGCACAGACAGGGCGAGAGGAUGGAAAUUCACUUAAAGCUCAGCACUGCAGAAUAUUUUUGCCAUAGCUAAAAUGCCAUAGUGUUCACUUGAAGCUCUGCGGCUCAUUUUAAUGCAGAGAAUCAUGAGGAAUUUGAAAGUAGUUUGUUUUUCUUGGCUGCAACCAAAUUGUUUUGCUCUCCACAUUUAUCAUUGGAAGUUCAGAGCUGUCAGGUGGUGAUGUUGGGCCUUUGUGACGAGUGUGUUUGGAGUUAUUACAUUAAAGCUGUUGCUACUUGGCAGGUUGAUGAAAGUGUGUGGAGGUUUUACAGCAAGUUAAGUUUGACUUUUUUUUAAUGACGGGGUUCUCUGCGAAGAAGGGACUAAACCAGUUUACUUUGUCUACUUAAUUUUGGCUUCUCCAUAUUUGCUUAUUUUUACCAUUUGUUUUUCACAUAUGCACAAGGAGCUGUACAUCAGAAAUGGGUCACACACAUGCAGCAAGCACUGACUUUGUACAUCGGAUAGUUUUUGUUACUGUUAAUGAAACAAAUAGUCUUUCCCCUAUGUUCAGGAGGAAGCAUCUAAGAAAGGAAACGGACAGUUUGAAGGCAGCGGCCAUCUCAUACCUCAGAAAACAUCAGCUUCUCCUAUUCUGGUCAUUUACAGCUUAAAACUUUGUCCUGUUUCCUUUUUUGAGUCAAUAUUUGCCAGAUUUUAUGUGGCAAUGGGAUGUCACAUAACUUUUAAGCUAAUUCUCUGUACCAGGGUGAUGUUUUAGCCACAUUGAAGAGAUUAAUCUUUAAAGUUUCCCAUUCUCCAAGGAGAAGACAGUCUGUAUAAAUAGGAUGGGCUCCAAGGGAUUCGUGCAGUUUCUAAUUGGUUCCUGGUUGGUGUUGGUGAAGUGGACAUUUUGAAUAUAAUGUGUCACAGGCGAACAGCAGUGUUUCUUUGUCGAUGCAGUCUGGAAUUUGCACAUCUGGCUCCAUUUUCACUGCAACAGGACACUUCACUCCAAGUGUGUCAAGUGUAUCUUUUUCCCCCAACACUGGAGGAAAAUGUAAAGAAUGAAUUUUCUCUUUAUGUAUGUCCACAUGGUCUCUAGGACAUUUACUUUGUAACUGAACCUUUGACAAGUUGCUCUGAGCAUCUGAAUUUGAUACACUUUGAAGCACCUUUAAUUUUGUACAUGGUGUAAAAUGCAAAUAUUGUACGAAUCUGUAGAAAAACCAAGAACUAAUAAAGGAUGCAUUUCUUUGACA